GAGAUGGAAGCAGAGAAGGCGGAUGCAGAUAAGAUUCUCUCCUCUCUCUCACAGACACAUAUACGCACACACACCGACUUCAACACUACAUCAGACGUCCGCUCCGCGAUCUAUUCUCGUAUUUGGACUUGUUCUGUACUAUGAGCACCUCCGUGCUCGCGGGCACCGCCCCUCCAAACGGCCGCGCGCCUCUCUGAGCUGUCAAUCACGUCACGCCGAGGUUGGUACAUGUGAGUGAGGGAGUGCAUGGCGCGCCGGCCAGGGCGGAUCUGCACACGGGGAGAAACGACGCCGGUUAAUGAGGAUGAGAGGUCGCCAACUAUCGCAUCAAUUCGAUCAUUCUAAAUAGUUAGCGUCGCCCACACAACCCUCGCAGCAGGAUGAUGUGCGAGGUGAUGCCGACCAUCAGCGAGGGGGACUCGGCCGGUCCCCCGAGAGGAACCGGCGGCGUCCCGAAUGGCUCCGAGCAAGAGGCCAACUUCGAGCAGCUGAUGGUCAACAUGCUGGACGAGAGAGACAAGCUGCUCGAGUCCCUCAGGGAGACCCAGGAGACUCUUAUCCAGUCCCAGACCAAACUGCAGGGGGCGCUACACGAGAGGGACGUGCUGCAGCGUCAGAUCAAUGCAGCCCUGCCUCAGGAGUUUGCCACCCUUACCAAGGAGCUGAACAUAUGUCGAGAGCAGCUGCUGGAGAAAGAGGAAGAAAUAUCGGAGCUGAAAGCUGAAAGGAACAACACCAGGCUGCUGCUGGAGCACCUGGAGUGUUUGGUGUCUCGUCACGAACGCAGUCUCAGGAUGACAGUUGUGAAGAGGCAGGCCCCCCCACCAUCUGGAGUCUCCAGUGAGGUGGAGGUUCUCAAAGCCCUCAAGUCACUGUUUGAACAUCACAAGGCUCUGGAUGAAAAGGUGCGUGAGAGGCUUCGCGUGGCUCUGGAGAGGGUCUCCACCCUGGAGGGACAGCUUUCAGCUACCACGCAAGAGCUGAACAUUGUGAGACAAAGGAAGGACGGAGACUCAGUGGAGCGGACAGAUGGAUCCAAACCUCCAUGGAAGCGGCUACCCAAUGGCUCCAUAGAUGUUCAUGAUGAUGGCAGCCGUGUGUCUGAGCUUCAGGAUCUGCUGGAUAGGACCAAUAAAGAGCUGGCCCAGACCCGCGACCACUCUGCAUCUCUUAAUGGCCGCGUGGCUGAGCUGGAGGCCGAGCUUGCGAGCGCACGCCGUGAACUGAGUCGCAGUGAAGAGCUAUCAAUCAAACAGCAGAGAGAGCAGCGGGAGAGAGAAGACAUGGAGGAAAGGAUCACGACUUUGGAGAAACGUUACCUUGCUGCCCAGAGAGAAACCACACACAUUCACGACCUCAAUGACAAGCUGGAGAAUGAACUUGCUACAAAGGACUCUCUGCACAGACAAAGCGAGGAGAAGGUGCGCCAGCUGCAGGAGAUGCUUGAGAUGGCUGAGCAGAGGUUGGCUCAGACCAUGAGGAAGGCUGAGACGCUGCCAGAGGUGGAAGCUGAACUGGCACAGCGAGUGGCAGCACUGUCCAAGGCUGAGGAGCGCCAUGGCAAUGUGGAAGAGCGGCUCAGACAGCUGGAGUCACAACUUGAGGAGAAGAACCAAGAGCUAGGAAGGGCUCGACAGCGAGAGAAGAUGAAUGAAGAGCACAACAAGCGUUUAUCAGACACUGUGGACCGUCUCCUUACUGAGUCCAAUGAAAGGCUGCAACUACAUUUGAAAGAGCGCAUGGCUGCACUGGAGGACAAGAACUCUCUUAUUCAAGAUCUUGAGAACUGCCAGAAGCAGCUGGAAGAAUUCCACCACACCAGGGAACGGUUAAUUGGCGAGAUUGAGAAACUGAGGAAUGAGAUUGACCAUUUGAAACGUCGCAGUGGAGUGUUUGGAGAUGGAAGUCACCCUCGGUCCCAUCUGGGUAGUGCAAGCGACCUGCGCUUUUCUGUGGUGGAGGGCCAAGAUGGCCACUACAGCACAACUGUGAUCAGGCGGGCACAAAAGGGCAGACUCUCAUCACUUCGAGAUGAUCCAAACAAGGAUUACCCGUCGCUGCGAGGGAGCGUCAGCCACCUCCUCGGCAGCGACAUUGAGGCAGAGUCAGACCUGGAUGAUGACGCUAGCUCGGCCAUGCUCUCCCCCAGUGGCCAGUCGGAUGCUCAGACUCUGGCUCUGAUGCUCCAGGAGCAGUUAGACGCCAUCAACGAAGAGAUAAGGAUGAUCCAGGUGGAGAGGGAGUCGGCUGAUCUGCGCUCCGACGAGAUUGAGUCACGCGUGAACAGCGGCAGCAUGGACGGGCUUAACGUAACCCUUCGACCUCGGGCGCUACCCACAUCAGCCACGGCUCAGUCUUUGGCAUCAUCCUCCUCGCCGCCCACUAGUGGCCACUCAACGCCUAAACACCAUGCACGCAAUACCAGCCACCAUCUCGGCAUCAUGACUUUGCCAAGCGACUUGAGAAAACACCGUAGAAAAGUUGCCUCGCCAGUGGAGGUGGACAAAGCUACAAUCAAGUGUGAGACGUCACCUCCUUCCUCGCCGCGCAGCUUACGGCUGGAGACCAAUUUUGCUCAGUUUACAGGCAGUCUGGAGGAUGGACGAGGCAAGCAGAAGAAAGGUAUCAAGUCAUCUAUUGGGCGGUUGUUCGGGAAAAAGGAAAAGGGUCGAAUGGAGCAGACUAUUUGCCGGGAUGGGCAGCCGCUACCAGCGUUAACAGACUUUGACAUGAGCAUUGGAGACACUAUGACGCUAGGUAAACUGGGGACCCAAGCAGAGAGGGAUCGCAGGAUGAAGAAAAAACAUGAGCUUCUGGAAGACGCUAGAAAAAGAGGGUUACCGUUUGCCCAGUGGGACGGCCCCACUGUUGUCUCCUGGCUUGAGCUGUGGGUGGGCAUGCCAGCAUGGUAUGUGGCUGCGUGUCGUGCCAACGUGAAGAGUGGAGCCAUCAUGUCUGCGCUGUCCGACACGGAGAUCCAGAGGGAGAUCGGCAUCAGCAACCCGCUGCAUCGACUCAAACUCCGUUUAGCCAUCCAGGAGAUGGUCUCCCUCACCAGCCCCUCUGCACCUCUGACCUCCAGAACGUCCUCCGGAAAUGUGUGGGUGACUCAUGAAGAGAUGGAGAACCUGGCUUCAUCCACCAAAGCGGCGAAUGAGGAGGGCAGCUGGGCACAGACGCUGGCAUAUGGAGACAUGAAUCAUGAAUGGAUAGGGAACGAGUGGUUGCCAAGUCUCGGUCUUCCUCAGUACCGAUCCUAUUUCAUGGAGUGUCUGGUCGAUGCGCGCAUGCUGGACCACCUGACUAAGAAGGACCUGAGGAGCCACCUCAAGAUGGUGGACAGCUUCCACAGGGCGAGUCUGCAGUAUGGGAUCAUGUGCUUGAAAAGACUCAACUAUGACAGGAAAGAAUUGGAGCGUCGCAGAGACGACAGCCAACAUGACAUGAGAGAUGUGUUGGUGUGGACCAAUGAGCAAGUGAUCCACUGGGUCCAGUCCAUCGGUCUGAGGGAGUACAGCGGCAACCUGUUGGAGAGCGGUGUUCACGGGGCGCUCGUCGCUCUGGACGAGACCUUCGACUACAGCAGCCUGGCCCUCAUCCUGCAGAUUCCUAUGCAGAACACACAGGCCCGGCAGGUUCUAGACAGGGAGUUCAACAAUCUGUUAGCCUUGGGGACCGACCGGCGUCUCGAGGAGAGUGGAGAUGACAAGUCCUUUCGACGCUCUCCAUCGUGGCGAAAGAGGUUUCGGGCCAGAGAGGGUGGGGCGGGGCUGGGGAUGAUGGCGGGCUCCAUGGAAACACUGCCUGCUGGCUUCCGCAUGCCCUCCAUGUCCAUGCCACCCUCGAUGAAUCUCUUGCCCAAGAAGCAGCUCCAGCCUGAAGCUCCUCCCCCAGCGUCACCAAGGCUCGACCCCUCUACGGUGCGGACGUACUCAUGCUAACUCCUUUUGGCUUACUAACAGGAGCCCUAAUGUUAACAGUGCAUUCUCAUUACCUAUAUGGACACAUGCUUGCGGCCUUUUGAGAGUGAUAUGCCAAAUUUGGAGAGAGUGGGAUCAGGGUGCCAGUGGGGAAGGGGCUUCUGUCCAGAUGAGGCCCCGGCUCGCCUCACACCUUUCACCUCUCCUUCGGACACGUGCAAUACCAAGGCCAAGUCUGACCUGUGAACUCUUGAGAGCGCUCACACAGGCUGCUCUCGCUGCUGUAAAGGAGACUCACUCCGGUCUCUCCCAGUUGAACCCAGUGCUCCCAGUAGCCUUGUCGUUGUGGUUUUCGUGCUCCCCCUGAUCUCAGCUGUGGGUCGUCGUCCUCGUUCCUAAAGUGUCAACAUGGACCACCACUACACAUUAUCGGUUAUGCAAGGUAUUACGCAAUUAUGGUGUCUGUAUAUAAAAUGGAUGAGGUGUGUUUUUUAUAAAGUAUAUAUAUAUUGGAAAUAUAUAUGGAAAAUGAUAUAAUGGCUGUAUGAAACCUAUCGCCCUGUAUUCAAUAGUGACUGUUCUCUCACUCUUUCUUUUUCUGUCGGACCUUCGUGUGUCUUUUGCUGUAUGAUGUAAGUGUGAGUUGUUAGUGGGAGGAGCUCGCUCAGAAGUGUCGCAACAGUUCUCCUCACAGGUUCAUGGGUCCAAUUUCUCUCUUUGCCUCUUCUUUGCCGUUCCUUCUUUUUCUCUCCUCUUUUUGACACCACGUAGCUCUCUCCCGCCCCCUCCCCCCUUCUGUAUGACACUAUGUAGCCUAGACCAGGGGUCGGGAACCCAGGGCGCCGGAGCCGCACGCGGCUCUUCAGCCUCCUUGCCGAGUGCUGUGAUUUUUUUUAACACUGAAGUAGGGGAAACGUGCAUUUUCGAAAAGAAUCCGUAAUAUCCGACUCACCGCAAGUCCGUGAAUGCAUCUAGACUGGGAAGGGGAGGGAGGCUACUGUAUGCAGUGUGUCUCACCGGAGAGAAAAAAGGUGAGGGAGUUUUGAUUUGAGUGUGAAGCAAGCUGCUGCGCAGUAAAAUAAAAUGAUGUAAUUAACGAGCGUAUAGCAAUAUGUUUUACAAGGAGAAGCGCACUGUAGCUAUGUGUUUGGAACCUGUCACACACUAAUCGCCAAGGUGGUGACUCCGGGAGAGGCAGAUAGUGUGCUGCUGCAGCUGACUGUGCAUUGACCGCUUGUGACUGCUGUGAGGCAGGGCGGACCUCUCGGCAGCAACCGCAGAACAAUACGUGCUUUCACUUUAGUGCGCCAAACACCAGUGCAAGUCUCCAACUACCGGUCCCUACAUUUGUCGCUCAUCGCUUUUGGGAAAAUAAGUCACCAAGAGGGUUUGGAAAGUUGUCAGAUUUAUUGGGAAAAUGGCCAAGCUGGCAACACUGGGCUGCACAUGAGAUGGGAAGGAUGGGAAGCCAACAUUACAAGUUUAUAAGCUGUGGUUUUUUGGGGGUUUUUUGACUGGAAGAGGAGGCGAAAUGGCUCUUUUCAUGCUAAAGGUUGCCGACCCCUGGCCUAGACAAACAGUGAGUGUGAGAGCGAAUGAUAUGGUUGUCUGACUUUUACGAUGCGGAUGUUUGGUGUGAACACUGUAGCGCCUCUCUGCUGCUGCUGCUGCAUCAUGUCAUGUGAUGAUGUGAAACUGCUCCUGACGAUUCCCGUCCAUCCGCCUCCCAUUUAGUCGCCAUGGCGACGUGCCAGUGAGGAGUCAGUACUUUUAGCUGCCCUCGUUUAGUGAAAACAUAGCGUACGAUCCAGUGAACUGCUGAAUGGGUGUACAAUCUUUUCUUUUUUUUUUUUUUUUUUUUUACUGUUUUCAAAGGUGUCUAAAAGUGUAACAUGCUAUGUGGCAGCUAUGAGUACUGUGUCUUUAUUCCAGGUGUGAAACAAUGCUGACAUAUCAAGAUUUUAUGAUUUGGCUAUUUAAAAAGUGUACUGUAUCUAUGACACUAUAUAGACAUGAGUAAAGCUGUUUUUUAAA